AUGACGUCGCCCGCUUCGCCCCGUCUUCCCAGCCCGCCACCUAUCCCUGAAGACCAGCUGUCGCCAAUUGCAGCCUCGUCCGACCAGCAGACGCCCUUCAACAACCUUGACCAUGUCGCUGAGCGAAGGAUACGGCCGGGGACCAAGGCAGCAGACAUGGCAGAGGGCCCUCCGCUUGUAGAACUUGCAGAGAUUGAUUCAGCGUUCCAGCUCACGGAGCACCUCAAGGCGCUGCAUAACUUCCUCACGCACCCGAUAGGAGCAAACGGCACCGUGCCCGUAGAUCGAGAAAUGGCCCUCAAGAUUGCACAUGCGCCGGAGAAUGUGGACAGGACGCUGUGGCUCUACGAACUAUGCCGCUUUCUCAUACAAAAGGUCAACUCGAUUAUAACCGCCCUCUUCGCAGAUAACCCGCCAUGCUCGUCGUUGACUUGCCCGGAGAUGCGUGCGUCAGAGUGGCAGUAUCUGUGCGCGGUUCACGACCCACCAAAGUCAUGUUGCGCAAUUGACUACUGCUGUCAUACGCUCGACUGGGCGGCCAAUACCCUCACAUCGCCAAAGCACUUUCCAUCACGCCUCGCGCUGGGGACAGAUCAGUCAACGCAGCACUCACAGACACGACAGCUCACCAACAUCUUCAGACGUGUGUACAGGAUAUUUGCACACGCAUGGUACUCUCACCGGGAUGUUUUCUGGCAUGUCGAGGGACGCACAGGGCUAUACAUUUUUUACAAGACAGUCUGCGAUGUGUAUGGCUUGGUGCCAGAGGACAACUACACCAUACCCCCAGAGGCAGAGGGUAUUGAUCUCAACUCAGAGAACAAGCCAACGGCACCGCCUCUGAUUCUGAAGCGUGAGCCUUCAGACACGGGCUCCCAGAUCUCUGACAACACGCUGGCUGGGGCCAUGUCUGACAACUCACUUUCAACUGCCGGGACUACAAAGCGACAUAGGCAUUCGCCAUCGGUAGGUGCAACAAUUGUGCACACCGUGGUAGAAGAGAAUGAAGAGGAGGAGGAGCAACCAGAUCUCAACCUCAACGCCCGGCCUGUGACGCAAAUUUUUGAGCCAGCAACACCAGAGGAAGGCGGAGAGGGCGAUGACGACGAUGAGGAUGAGGAUGAGGACGAUGAAGAGGGCGAAGAAGACAGUGACGGAGAUGUCACCACGAUUGAAGAGGGUGACGAGGAGGGUGACGAAUCCGGUGCUAAGAGUGCCAAGACGGGAGCAUCAGAGAGCAAAAAUGAUGACAAAGAGGAAACAGUGAGCACUGGGAAUGAAAAGGCCGGGGAUCCUGCACCUGCAGGCGAUAAUGAGGCUUCGGGCGAGAGCGCCACAGAGGCAGCCAAGAGUGACGGGACCGAGGCCUCGAGCGAGGCAGCUGCGGGGAAGGGAGAUCAAGCAGAGUCUACAGCCACUGGUGAUGACGGCGACAAGGCGACUGCUGCGAAGGCAGGGGAGAGUGGAGAGGCUGGUGGUGCUGCAAAGGCGAGCGACAAGGAGGACGAGGCCAACUCGCAAGCGGCAGAGUAG